AUGAGAAACGGUACAGUGACAACAUUCGUUCUGCUGGGACUGACAGAUGACCCUCAGCUGCAGGUUCUGAUUUUUGUCUUUCUAUUUCUCACCUACACACUGAGUGUAACUGGAAACCUGACCAUCAUCACACUCGCCUUUAUGGAUCCCCACCUUAAAACACCCAUGUACUUCUUUUUACAAAAUUUCUCCUUCUUGGAGAUCUCAUUCACAUCGGCUUGCAUUCCCAGAUUCUUGUAUAACAUAGCAACAGAUGACAAGGUCAUUACCUAUAAUGCUUGUUUUACCCAAGGAUUUUUUACUGAUCUCUGUGCAGUAACAGAAUUUUUUCUUCUGGCUGCCAUGUCCUAUGACCGCUAUGUGGCCAUCUGCAAGCCCCUACAUUAUGUGACCAUCAUGAGCAGCAGGGUCUGCCAGAUUCUUAUCAUCUGUUGUUGGAUGGCUGGUUUAUGUAUAAUAAUCCCACCAUUUAGCCUGGCUUUAACUCUAAAAUUUUGUGACUCUAACAUGAUUGAUCAUUUUAUCUGUGAUGCAGUUCCCUUAGUGAAAAUCGCAUGCUCAGACACAUGGUUCAUGGAACAGACGGUUAUAAUCUGUGCUGUGCUGACCCUGAAUAUGACUCUUACUUGUGUAGUUCUGUCAUACGCUUACAUUAUCAAGACAAUUGUGAGAUUUCCUUCUGUUCAACAAAAGAAAAAGGCCUUUUCCACCUGUUCUUCCCACUUGAUUGUGGUUUCCAUCACCUAUAGUACAUGCAUUUUCAUCUACAUGAAUCCUACAGCAAAGGAAGCAGUGACCAUUAAUAAAGUGGUUUCACUGCUCAUUACUUCUAUUUCACCUACGUUGAACCCAUUUAUUUAUACCUUGAGAAACAAUCAAGUUAAGAAAGCCUUCAAGGAUUCAAUCAAAAGAAUUGCUUUGCUCUCAACUAAGUAA